ACUAGUGUCAUUUAUAGUGUUAAUAGUUUGCUUAUUUUAUGUUCUUUCUCAGUUCAAAUUUAUAGAUUAGAUCAGUUGCAAAUCCUGAUUUAGAAGUCACAUUCUGCAGAAAUGUAGUAUUAUUAGUACAGUGUCUACAUUGUUCCUGUGGGGAAAUUGACCCCAUUUUUGUGUUGGUUACCAAGCUACAGUAACCAUCUUCACCAGGACAGCUUUUUGUGAUUGUGCCCUUUGUUUUUUAAUCAAGCCGCAUUAACGAAAAACUUUGGUCUUUGCACCAGUCUUGUAUGGUGCUUGGUUAAUGAGCAGAGGGGACUCGAACCCAGGGCUAUGUUUGGGGGGUUGUGGCCCUUGUUUUCACGAAAUUGCCAAAACAACUUUAGGCAUGGAGUCGUUUUUUUUUCGUUUCCGAGCUACAUAAACUACUUUCCUUGGGAAUCUAACCCAGGAACUAUUCUGACUCAGACUCAAGUCUUUUCAUAAAUAGAACGCUGAAAUUGCCAACGACGGUCCCCUGCCAUAUCCUUACCUACUUUUCAUUCACGAUAAUAAUCCCUGUCUUAAUAAAAAGGAAACUAAUAAUCUUCCAGGUAUGGAACAACCUUCAUAAACUACUCACACAUCAGUUCUUAGCGUUGUAUUAUCUGUGCACACUACUAAUCAGUGCGGUCCGGAACAUUUAAUGUCUCCUGGGAUUCGCUGCAUUAAUGAAUAAUGCUGAUAAAUCAGUCGUUAUGAUGCUAUUGUGCCAAUACGUCCACUGAUAACCUGUCUAUGGUUUUGGCGCUGACCCGAAUCAGCAGCAAAAGUUAAUAAAAAUACGUGACCACUCUGAAAAAUAUGUACAUAAAGCAGGUGAGUUUUCACUAUAAACGUGUGAUUUAAUGUAUUUUGAAAUUAAUAGUUAUCAAAGGCCAGCUGUCCGUUUCAUUUUGCAGGUGAUUAUUGAAGGCUUUAAAAGCUACAGGGAGAAAACUGUCCUGGAACCAUUUCAUCCAGACCUGAAUGUAAUAGUUGGUGGAAAUGGUUCUGGAAAGAGCAAUAUUUUAUAUGCAAUACAGUUUGUGCUGAGUGAUGAGUUCUCACAUUUGAAAAAAGAUGUGAGGCACAAUAUAUUAUUUUAUGGUUUUGGACAUCGUGUUGUUGUUGCUUCAGUAGAGAUAGUCUUUGACAACACAGACAAACAGCUGCCUAUUCCAUCAGAUGAUGUUUCCUUUUGCCGAAGGAUUGGGCUUAAUUAUGACCAGUUCUACAUUAACUCAAAAGUAGUGCCUUAUAAGGAAAUGGUGAAUGUGUUAGUAUCAGCUGGAUUCUGUUCCUGUAAUACAUACCACAUUGUGAAACAAGGGAAGGUUAACCAGUUGGCCACAGCACCAGAUGCGUACAGACUUAGUGUGUUACUUGAGGUAGCAGGUAUACAAGUACAUGAAGAUGAAAUUCAGAAGAUGAAGACUGUUUUGGAAGAAAUCAAGCAAAAACUACAAGAGUCUGAGACCUUGAUGCAAGCCUUGUCAAAGAGGCUUGAAGUAUUAGUUGUUGAGAAGGAGGAUCUUGAAGCAUUUACUGGUCUUGACAGGACACGUCGUGCCCUUGAAUAUUGUCUGUAUGAAUCCCAGUUGAAGGCUAUGAUGGAGGAACUAGAGACUAUGGAAGAAUUUAAUUUACCUGGUUUGAAGAACCAAAUAGAAUGCAGAUCUCUUCAGCAGAAGGCUCAAGAGAAAAUGUUCAAGACCAAGAAAUUGCUAGAAGACAAUGAAAAACACUUGGAAGCGCUUCAGGAUUGUCAAAGCAAGUUGAGAAUAGAGGAGCAGCAGGUGCAGGGUCAUAUUGAUGAGAUGAUUAUGAAGAUAAACACACUGACUGAUGAACGUGAAGCAGUCAAUGAACAGAAGGUACAAACACAAGUUGAAAUUAAAACUUUGGAAGUGUGGAUGGCCCAGAAUGAGAGACAACUUCUUUAUUUUAAACCCCAACAUGAGAAGUAUAAGAAAAAGGAAGAAGAGUAUAUGAAAAUGCUAUCACAGUUGGAACAGAAGCGUAGUGAAAUCUAUGACAGGCUUGGUCGGCAUGAGCAAUUUGGUACCAAAGAAGAACGUGAUGCCUGGCUACAAGAUGAGCUAGAAUCUGUUUCUAAAGCAGUGGAGGAAAUACAGAUUAAAGAAAGUAAGAUGGGAGAGGAGUUACAGAAAGAUGCAGAACAAGAAAGUAAACUGAAGGAUGAGAUUGAGGGCUUGAAGAAAGUUGAAGUCGACUAUCACAGUAGUAUUGAUACACUGGAAAAUAAUUUGUUCAGUGCAGAGAAGAAGAGGGUUGAGAAAGAGACCAUGUUGAGUGAGCUGUUCCGUAGGGAUUCUGAAGUUGAACAGAAGCACUCUUCUCUGCGUGAUGACUUAACCAAAGCCAAACAGUUAUUGUGUUCAAUAGCAGACAAGAAUGUCAUUGAAGGUUUGGAAGGGCUACAGGAAGUAAUGAAGAAACUGCAAGGACAUGAUGAAGCCUCUGUUAGUGGGUACUAUGGGACAGUCCUAGAAAACUUGGAAUGCAGUGACAGUCUCUUAACUGCUGUGGAAGUGACUGCUGGUAAGAGACUUUUCUACCACAUUGUGGCUACUGAUGAAGUGUCUUCCAAGAUAACAAAGGAAUUUAACCACAGUAACUUGCACGGGGAAAUAAAUUUCUUUCUUCUGAAUCGUCUUUCAGUUAAAGAACUUCACUACCCUGUCAGUAAUGAUGCUUUCCCACUAAUACAGAAGUUGCAGUAUGUACAAGAGUUUGAUAAAGCAAUGAAAAAUGUCUUUGGGAGAACUGUUCUCUGCAGGAACAUGCAAGUUGCAUUUCAUUUUGUUGAUGAAUAUCAUUUGGACUGUAUUACUCUCGAAGGAGACCAGGCGUUGCGAUCAGGAUCACUGUGUGGUGGCUAUCGUGAUAAAUCAAGGUCAACAAUAUUGGUGUACAAAAACUACACUUUAUUGCAGAAACUAUUAAAUGAAACAGAAGAAGAAGUCCAAAAAAUAAAAAAUGAAAUAAAAGAUAUCAGAGAUGAGAUGACACAGUAUACCACUGAUAAACAGAAACUAGAGAGAAAGAUCAUGAAUGCUAAGAGUGCUAGUGAACAUGUGAAGUCACGUAAGAUUCUGCUAAGUGAUGACUUAGAUGGUGUGAAAGAAGUAAGAGCAAAGAAAGAAAAGUUACAGGAACAGUAUCAUUCAACCCUAGAGGUACUACAGGCUCGUAGGACUGCUCUUGAGAGUGAACUAAAUCAUGAAAUGACAUCACAUUUAUCAGAAUCUGAGCAGAUGGAGGUAGAUCAGUUAAAUAAUGAUAUAAGAAGACUUACAGAGGAAUGCAAAAAAUUAUUCAGUGAAAGAUUGCAGCUUCAGUAUGACAGAGUAUUGUUACUGAAAAAUACAUUUACUAAACAACAUGAGACUUUAUCAGAGACUCUUGAAAACCUGAAAGAAGACAGCAUUUGCAGAUCUUUGGAUUUGACAAAGAUGAUCUUGGAGUCCAUGUCAAAAGACUUGGAUGAUAUUCAGGAGCAGCUUAAAGAUACUGAGAAGGCAAUUCAGGAGACAAAAGAAGAGCAAAUGUCUGUUCUAGACAAACUGAAAAGUCAGAAAGCAGAAGAAACAAAGAUACAGAAAGAAGUAGAUGAUUAUGAUAAGGAAAUAAAGCUAUUUGCUGCCAAGAAAAAUACCCUUAUGAUAAGGAUUGAAGAAUGCAAUGAAAGCAUUGCUAAAUUAGGACCAUUACCCCUACAAGAACAAACCAGAUAUCAGAAUAUGGGGACUAAGCAAAUACUGAAGAUGUUAACAGGAGUAAACAGGAAGCUGAAAAAAUUUCAUAAAAUGAACAUACAGGCAGAAUGUCAGUAUGCAGACUUACUAAACAAGGAUAAAAAUGCCAAGUUAAAAUUGGAAAGCUUGGAAGAAGGAUACAACGGUAUUUUGGAACUGCUACAUGUUUUGGAAACACAGAAGAAUGAUGCAGUUCUGUUUACUUUUCGUCAGGCUUCUGAGAACUUCAGUAGCAUGUUCAAGAAGCUAGUACCAACUGGACGUGCCCAGUUGACUAUGAAGACCUCAGAAAAUGAUGUUGUCCGAAUUGAGGAUGUUGCUGAUGUCAGCACAAUUAAAGGAGUUGGAAUUUCAGUCUCGUUUGAUGCUAAUGGCUUGGAAGUACAUGACAUGAAAGAAACAUCUGGAGGAGAAAAAUCUUUACUUGCACUUACGCUGAUCUUUGCUUUGCAAAAGUGUUCUCCUGUCCCAUUUUGUGUCAUCGAUGAAGUGGACUCUAUGUUGGAUGGUGCAUAUAGACCUGCCUUGGCCCAGCUAAUAAGUGAACUUUCCAAAGAAACACAGUUCAUUGUUACUACACAUGGCCAUGAUAUUAUAAAUUAUGGGGAUCAAUUCUAUGGAGUCAAGAACAUCAACCAGGCAGAUACCAGUGUUUCAGAGAAACAUACUGUCUUCAUCUCCAAGUCUGAAGAACACCACUGUCUUCAUCUCCAAGUCUGAAGAACACCAAUGUCUUCACUGCUAAGAGAACCUUAAAUCUCACAUGGAAUAUAAUAUUCAGAAAACUGUUUGUUAUACAAUUAGUCAUAAAUCUAAUUUCAACCUCAUGAUAUUUAGCAAUAGAGUGUUAUGUAAGAUUUGAGGUUUUCACAGUGGUGAGUAUGAAGAUUUCUGUCUUCUGGGUUGUUGAUGUUAACAUCGACAAGUCUACACAGCGCAACAACCCAGAAGACAGAAAUCUUCAAUAGAGUGUUAAGUAGCAAUAUACCAAAGGGUAAGAACAUGAUACAUGGUGUCUGACAUAAAUGCACACCAUGAACUUCACCAUUAAGGUGCUUUGUCCCCAAAUUUAAAUUCUGACUUAAAAUGGCAAAAUUAAGGAUGCAUUAAUAUUCCAUAUAUUGCAUUGAAUGGAGUCUGGCUCAAAUGUAGGUGGUUGAUUGUUGCAGCAGAUGCUGGAACAAUGAACAGAUCAUUAUAGUGCACAUAAAACAAUUUCUUGCAGCCAUAUUUCCUUUUUAGGUACUGGAAAUAUUUGCAGUGUUUUUGAAAUGUUAGUAAAUGUGCCAUAAUUUUUUUGUAUUUGUUUAUUUUCUUUAGAUAAGCCAUGUGAAUAUAAUAACCAAACAAGAAGCCUUGGAAUUCAUGGCAUAAUUGGUCAGAGAAGAUGUGAAAAUGUAUUGCACCAGUCGACCAGAUUACUAUGAGGAAAGGGAUUCCAUGCCUUAUAUACAUUUCUUUGUUGCAGCUUGUUAGAAAAGAGAGAAGGAACAUAAGAAACAUUGUCUCAUUGUCUUUUGAAUACAGUACACAAGCAUAAGUUAUUUUAUGAAGUAUGUAUCAUAUCACUUAUAAUUUGGCAUUCCAUUUUAACUUCAGGUGAUUAUCACUUAAUAGAAUAUUGGUAGCCCAUGGAGAGAGAUGAGGGGACAAAAGGCCUCCAUAAAUAUAAUUCAUAAUUAUUCUUCAGAGGUUCCCUCCACUCUCUAAAGAGAACAAGACCACCUCUGUCAGUGGUAUUUUACAUGUUAAUUUUAAUUAGUAUAUUGAUUACAUAUCAUUUGUGUCACUUUGAUGCUGAUCAGUUACUUUAACCCCAAUUUAUAUACUUUUAAGAUAGCUAACUUUUGCAUUGAAGUGUUUGAUUAAUUCAUACUUGUGAAUUGUCAGUUUGUAGAUCAAAACAGUUUUCAUGUUUAAGAAAUUGUAUCUUUGCAUAUGAAGUGGUAAUAUAUUGACAUCAGCAAUGAGGCAUGCACUAAGAGAAAAAAACAAUGUCAUUUUUGUUAGAAUUGAUAAACAGUAGCUUAACCAGUGGAUUGCACUUAACUUGAACGCUUACUGUAGUGGUCUUUUUAUGUCCAGAAUAGUGCUAAAGAAUGAGCAGGUCAAAUUGACAAUACACAUUUAUAUUUAAGAACAAAGGUUUGGGAUUUUGCAACAUUACUAAUUAGCCUGACACCACUAUUUGUAUGUUACCUAUAUAUUUUAUAUAAUCAUCAUAAUUUUAGGUUAAAUUUUGAAGUCCACUUGUCAUAAUAAGGAAAGGAAAUAUAAUACUUUUAUUUUCACCUGAUUUGAAUUAUGUAAUUUCAGCAGUCAAGCAUGUUGUUGUUUGUAACAUGUUAAAGAAAUGAGGGAAAUAAAAUAGCAUUUAGUACAGGAAAAAGUAAGUCAAUUAACCUUUGUCAUAGAAGAAUGUAUUACCAUGUUGCCAGCCAGACUUUAACUGUGGGAUUAAUAGUUUAGCUGUGGGCUGGUAGAAUGCAUAGUCAGUUGGAUUACACAUAAACUGUGUCACUCAGAUGAUAAAGUUUAAAGUAUUUCACUAUUGUUUAAGUUCACAUUCAUAACUCAAAUAUAACUUAAUUUAGUAGAUACAAGGAAAGUAUCAAUCAUUGCUGAGGAAGUAGGAUUGUGAAAUGUUCAAGAAUAUCGCAAUAACAAUUCAUAAACUGUGAAGAACUGUAUAGCUGUCUCUACUUACUUCAAAAAUGAAAACAUACAUUUUUAAGCCUCAACUGUUUUUUUCAAAUGGUUCAGGUAAACAUGACAGUGAUGAAGCACAAAGUACUUCAGAACAUUGUAAGUAUAAAUAUAUUUUAGUUUAAUGUUGGAGGAGGCUUACUUCAUUGUCUCAUUGCUGACCUGAAAUUUAUUUCUGAGGACUGUGCUAAGCAGUGACUAUGUUGCUCAUUAUGCAAGGAGAGAGUAUGUUAAAAGAGGCUGUAAAUAAUAUUAGAAACAAAGAAACUGUUACUCUUUACAUAAAAACACAUUUCCUGUCUUCAUUUAGAAACAUAAUUUUGAAGAAUACAAAAGAAAAUUGUUUUCUCAUGUA